UAUACUGAGGAGAUGACACAUAACAUAAAAAGGUGUAAACGGACAGCAUCAUUGCUGCUCGUGUUCUCGUUGUUGUGGAAUAUAAGUGGAGAGCAGAUUCACUACACAAUACCAGAGGAAUUAAAAGAGGGCUUUGUCGUCGGAAAUAUCGCCAAGGACCUUGGUUUUGACGUCUCCCAUAUCGCCCAUCGUAAGUUGCGAAUAGCUUCUGAGUCAAGCAGAAAAUAUUUUCGAGUCGAUUCGGAAAAGGGUGAGCUGGUCAUCAAUGAUAGGAUUGAUCGUGAAAAUAUUUGCGCACAAAAUGCUAAUUGUUUGUUGCCACUGCAAGUUGUCAUCGAAAAUCCCUUGCAACUGCAUCGUGUUGAGAUAGAAAUACAAGAUAUUAACGACAAUUCGCCUCAUUUUCAAACAAAAGAUGGUGUGUUAAAAAUACUAGAAUCUGUUGCGUCUGGAGCUCGUUUUCCUCUCGAAAGUGCGGAGGAUCUAGACGUUGGAAGUAAUAGCCUAAACUCUUACUCAUUAAACAAAAAUAAUUUUUUUAGUCUUAAUGUAAAAACCCUAAAGGAUGGAAGAAAAGUUCCAGAGCUAAUUGUGGACAAACCGCUAGACAGAGAGAAACAAUCCGUCCACAAGCUGAUAUUAACCGCAUAUGAUGGUGGAAAUCCGGUAAAAUCUGGAACUGCUUUGAUACAGAUGAUCAUUGAGGACAGUAAUGACAAUGAACCAAAAUUUGAACUUGCCCUAUAUAAAGCAUACGUGCAUGAAAAUGCUCCAGUUGGCUCCAGUGUGAUAACUAUAAAAGCCACAGAUUUGGACGAAGGUCUAAAUAGUGAAAUCCAGUAUUAUUUUGGUGCUCAUACGACCGAUCUCGUAAAACGCGCUUUUAAAGUGAACCAGAAUACAGGAGAAAUUACAGUAAUCGAAAAUUUAGAUUACGAGAUCAUCAAGUCUUAUACAUUUGAUGUUUGCGCAAAAGAUAAAGGGAAUCCAGCAUUGGAGGGUCACUCUGCAGUUCAAAUUGACAUAGUAGAUGAAAAUGACAAUCCUCCUGAGAUUAUUCUAACAUCACUACCCAGUCCUGUACCAGAAAAUGCGACAGUCGGAACCGUAGUAGCUCUGAUAAAUGUCAGAGACUUGGACUCCGGUGAUAAUGGCAAGGUUAAGCUAAAUAUUUCCUCAAAGUUUCCUUUUAAACUCAAGCCAACAUUUGAUAAUCAUUACUCUUUAGUGACUGACAGGCUCCUAGACCGUGAAGUUGAAUCAGAAUAUAAUGUAGAAAUAGUUGCCCAGGAUUCUGGUGUACCAUCUUUAAAAACAACCAAGUCUGUCACUGUUAAAGUACUCGACGUAAAUGAUAACCCACCACGUUUCUCUCAAUCAUCAUACAUAGUGUAUGUGAAAGAAAAUAGUCCGGCAGGUGAGGCGUUAUUUUCGGUAGCUGCAUUUGAUGUUGACACAGACAAAAACGCCAUACUGACAUAUUCUAUACUUGACUUAAAAGUAAAUCACGUUCCAGCAUCAUCUUAUUUUUACAUAAAUUCUGAGAAUGGCACUCUUUAUAGUAUGAGCUCAUUUGACUACGAAAAUAUAAAACUGUUAAGCGUUUUAGUCCAAGCGAAAGAUCACGGUUCUCCUACUUUAAGCAGUAACGCCACAGUUCACGUGUUCAUCAUGGACCAGAACGACAACGUUCCCUCUGUUAUUUACCCCUCCGCGCUCAUGGGCUCUGUCUCUCAUCAGAGGAUGCCCCGCUCCGCUAAAGCAGGACACCUCGUUACUAAAGUCACAGCAGUGGACGCUGACUCGGGCCAUAACGCCUGGAUUUCUUAUUGGUUAGCCGAAGCCACGGACUCGUCUCUGUUCACUGUUAAUUUACAUACAGGAGAGGUGAGGACCAAGCGUUCUGUUUCAGAUCAGGAUGAAUCUUCUCAGAGACUCAUCAUAGGUAUAAAGGACAACGGAGAACCGGUGCAGUCCACCACAGUCACUGUGGAUAUUCUGAUAGAGGACGCCUUUCAUGAGCCCAUCUCAGACUAUCGAAAGAAAAAUACAGAACCCGAUAAGAAAAGUGGGAAAAUCACCUUAUAUCUCAUCAUAUCUGUUGCUUCUGUGUCUUUGCUGUGUUUGGCGACAUUUUUCGUUUUGUUGGUGAAAUGCGGUCGAAGCAGUAGAAGCAGCUCAAGCUGCUGUAUCAGACGGACCGAUUCUGGAUAUAAAAACCCCAACAACCUGCAGAUCCAGCUCAAUACUGACGGACCCAUUAAGUAUGUGGAGGUUCUGGGAGGAGACGUGAUGUCUCAGAGUCAGUCCUUCGGUUCCUAUCUGUCUCCGAUGUCAGAAUUCAGUGAUUUUACACUCGUUAAACCCAGCAGCACCACAGACUUUACAAACACGUUAAGCGUUCUCGAUGCAUCAUUACCUGACAGCACGUGGAAGUUUGAAAGUCAACAGGUGAGCAAACCCCAAACUAACUACCCAGUAAAAAAAGGUGGCCGUCUUGCUAUUGGCUACUGCAGCCUCUUUCUGCGCUCCAAUAAUAAGCAGGACUGUACAAAGAGAUCCACUCCCUCCCCCUACGCAGGGAAUCGCACUACGCACAAAGCCAGUUUAGACGUUUCUAUUAACAUUAUAAUGACAAAGAUAAUGUGGUUUCGAGGCUGGAGACGCCUUUUAUUCUGGCUGUUCCUCUUUCUUCUAUUGUGGAAUAACGUGCAAGGGCAGACUCGCUAUUCAAUUCCCGAGGAAAUGAACGUGGGUUCGGUUGUUGGAAACAUUGCAAAAGAUUUAGGGUUGAAAAUAUCUGACCUUUAUGAUCGUAAGUUACAAAUAGCGUCUGAAUCAGGUAAGCAGUAUUUUAAUGUGAAUUUAGAUAAAGGUGAGAUGGUGGUUAAUGAAAGAAUCGACAGAGAGACCCUGUGCGGCCAGAACGCAAACUGUCUAUUGCCGGUUCAAAUCAUAAUCGAGGAUCCUCUCCAACUUUACAGAAUAGAUGUUGAAAUACUAGACAUAAAUGACAAUUCUCCCCACUUUCAAUCAACCGACCGGGCGCUAAAAAUCGCGGAGUCCACGGUGCCUGGGACGCGCUUCCCAUUGGAAAGCGCACAUGAUCCAGAUGUAGGAAGUAAUUCUUUAAAAUCGUACACAUUGAGUAAAGACGAAUGCUUUAGUUUAAAAGUAAAAGAGCUCGGUGAUGGUCGUAAAGUGCCCGAGUUGGUCUUGGAGAAAGCACUUGACCGAGAAAAGAAAGCUGUUCAUCAGCUGCUGUUGAAUGCACUGGAUGGAGGAAAUCCGGUUAAAUCAGGGACCACCCAGAUAAAUAUUACUGUCCUUGAUAUCAAUGACAAUAUUCCAGUUUUCACCAAGGCAGUGUACAAAGUAAGCAUUUCUGAAAACUCCAGUCCGGGGACUUCAUUUUUAAAGGUUGUUGCUACAGAUCCUGAUGAGGGCACAAACGGUGAAAUUCAGUAUUCGUUUGGGGAGCACACACCCGAUUCUGUGCGUUCGUUGUUUUAUAUUGAUCCAAAAACAGGGGAAGUGCAUUUAAAUGGGCAGCUGGAUUUUGAGACCACCCCAACGUACAAUAUCGAAAUCAUUGCUAAAGAUGAGGGAGUCCCUGAAAUGGAGGGUCACUGCACUGUACAGAUAGAUAUUUUAGAUAUAAAUGACAACCCUCCUCAAAUCGUGCUCACGUCAAAACCGAGUCCGGUGCGUGAGGACGCACCGAGUGGCACCGUUGUAGCUUUAAUAAGUGCACGGGAUAUUGACUCGGGUGUAAACGGAAAAGUUAGUUUACAUACCAAACCGAAUGUUCCUUUUAUUCUAAAACCGACUUUCUCCAAUGAUUAUUCUUUAGUCACCAAUGGUGCUUUAGAUCGGGAGACUUUUCCGGAAUAUGAUGUAGAAAUUACCGCAGUUGAUUCGGGUUCUCCGUCUUUGAGCAGCAAGAAAUUCGUUUCAGUAAAAAUCUUUGAUGUCAAUGAUAAUUCACCAAAAUUUACUGACUACUCAUACAAAGCCCAUAUCAAGGAGAAUAACAAUCCAGGUUCAAUAAUUUGCACAGUAUCAGCCUCAGACUUUGAUGCUGGAGAAAGUGCAAAGAUAUCGUAUUCUAUACUUGACACCAAAGCUAAAGGAAUGUCCAUGUCCUCUUAUUUCUACAUUAACUCUGAUAACGGCAGUAUCUUUAGCAUGCACUCAUUCGACUAUGAGAAAGUUAAAGUAUUUCAGAUCCAAGUUCAGGCAAGAGAUCACGGCUCUCCGUCUUUAAGCAGUAACACCACAGUUCAUGUGUUUAUCGUGGACCAGAACGACAACGUUCCCUCUGUUAUUUACCCCUCCGCACUCAUGGGCUCUGUCUCUCAUCAGAGGAUGCCCCGCUCCGCUAAAGCAGGACACCUCGUUACUAAAGUCACAGCAGUGGACGCUGACUCGGGCCAUAACGCUUGGAUUUCUUAUUGGUUAGCCGAAGCCACGGACUCGUCUCUGUUCACUGUUAAUUUACAUACAGGAGAGGUGAGGACCAAGCGUUCUGUUUCAGAUCAGGAUGAAUCCUCUCAGAGACUCAUCAUUGGUAUAAAGGACAACGGAGAACCGGUGCAGUCCACCACAGUCACUGUGGAUAUACUGAUAGAGGACGCCUUUCAUGAGCCCAUCUCAGACUAUCGAAAGAAAAAUACAGAACCCGAUAAGAAAAGUGGGAAAAUCACCUUAUAUCUCAUCAUAUCUGUUGCUUCUGUGUCUUUGCUGUGUUUGGCGACAUUUUUCGUUUUGUUGGUGAAAUGCGCUCGGAGCAGUAGAAGCAGCUCAAGCUGCUGUAUCAGACGGACCGAUUCUGGAUAUAAAAACCCCAACAACCUGCAGAUCCAGCUCAAUACUGACGGACCCAUUAAGUAUGUGGAGGUUCUGGGAGGAGACAUGAUGUCUCAGAGUCAGUCCUUCGGUUCCUAUCUGUCUCCGAUGUCAGAAUUCAGUGAUUUUACACUCGUUAAACCCAGCAGCACCACAGACUUUACAAACACGUUAAGCGUUCUCGACGCAUCAUUACCUGACAGCACGUGGAAGUUUGAAAGUCAACAGAUAAAAAUUAUAAUGACAAAGAUAAUGUGGUUUCGAGGCUGGAGACGCCUUUUAUUCUGGCUGUUUCUCUUUCUUCUAUUGUGGAAUAACGUGCAAGGGCAGACUCGCUAUUCAAUUCCCGAGGAAAUGAACGUGGGUUCGGUUGUUGGAAACAUUGCAAAAGAUUUAGGGUUGAAAAUAUCUGACCUUUAUGAUCGUAAGUUACAAAUAGCGUCUGAAUCAGGUAAGCAGUAUUUUAAUGUGAAUUUAGAUAAAGGUGAGAUGGUGGUUAAUGAAAGAAUCGACAGAGAGACCCUGUGCGGCCAGAACGCAAACUGUCUAUUGCCAGUUCAAAUCAUAAUUGAGGAUCCUCUCCAACUUUAUAGAAUAGAUGUUGAAAUACUAGACAUGAAUGACAAUUCUCCCCACUUUCAAUCAACCGACCAGGCGCUAAACAUCGCUGAAUCCACAGUGCCUGGGACGCGCUUCCCAUUGGAAAGCGCACAUGAUCCAGACGUAGGAAGUAAUUCUUUAAAAUCAUACACAUUGAGUAAGGACGAAUGCUUUAGUUUAAAAGUAAAAGAGCUCGGUGAUGGUCGUAAAGUGCCCGAGUUGGUCUUGGAGAAAGCACUUGACCGCGAAAAGAAAGCUGUUCAUCAGCUGCUGUUGAAUGCACUGGAUGGAGGAAAUCCGGUUAAAUCAGGGACCACCCAGAUAAAUAUUACUGUCCUUGAUAUCAAUGACAAUAAUCCAGUUUUCACCAAGGCAGUGUACAAAGUAAGCAUUUCUGAAAACUCCAGUCCAGGGACUUCAUUUUUAAAGGUUGUUGCUACAGAUCCUGAUGAGGGCACAAACGGUGAAAUUCAGUAUUCGUUUGGGAAACACACUCCUGAUUCUGUGCGUUCGUUGUUUUAUAUUGAUCCAAAAACAGGGGAAAUGCAUUUAAAUGGGCAGCUGGAUUUUGAGACCACCCCAACGUACAAUGUCGAAAUCAUUGCUAAAGAUAAGGGAGUCCCUGAAAUGGAGGGUCACUGCACUGUACAGAUAGAUAUUUUAGAUAUAAAUGACAACCCUCCUCAAAUCGUGCUCACGUCAAAACCGAGUCCGGUGCGUGAGGACGCACCGAGUGGCACCGUUGUAGCUUUAAUAAGUGCACGGGAUAUUGACUCGGGUGUAAACGGAAAAGUUAGUUUACAUACCAAACCGAAUGUUCCUUUUAUUCUAAAACCGACUUUCUCCAAUGAUUAUUCUUUAGUCACCAAUGGUGCUUUAGAUCGGGAGACUUUUCCGGAAUAUGAUGUAGAAAUUACCGCAGUUGAUUCGGGUUCUCCGUCUUUGAGUAGCAAGAAAUUUGUUUCAGUAAAAAUCCUUGAUGUCAAUGAUAAUUCACCAAAAUUUACUGACUACUCAUACAAAGCCCAUAUCAAGGAGAAUAACAAUCCAGGUUCAAUAAUUUGCACAGUAUCAGCCUCAGACUUUGAUGCUGGAGAAAGUGCAAAGAUAUCGUAUUCUAUACUUGACUCCAAAGCUAAAGGAAUGUCCAUGUCCUCUUAUUUCUACAUUAACUCUGAUAACGGCAGUAUCUUUAGCAUGCACUCAUUCGACUAUGAGAAAGUUAAAGUAUUUCAGAUCCAAGUUCAGGCAAAAGAUCACGGCUCUCCGUCUUUAAGCAGUAACACCACAGUUCAUGUGUUUAUCGUGGACCAGAACGACAACGUCCCCUCUGUUAUUUAUCCCUCCGCACUUAUGGGCUCUGUCUCUCAUCAGAGGAUGCCCCGCUCCGCUAAAGCAGGACACCUCGUUACUAAAGUCACAGCAGUGGACGCUGACUCGGGCCAUAACGCCUGGAUUUCUUAUUGGUUAGCCGAAGCCACGGACUCGUCUCUGUUCACUGUUCAAUUACAUACAGGAGAGGUGAGGACCAAGCGUUCUGUUUCAGAUCAGGAUGAAUCCUCUCAGAGACUCAUCAUUGGUAUAAAGGACAACGGAGAACCGGUGCAGUCCACCACAGUCACUGUGGAUAUACUGAUAGAGGACGCCUUUCAUGAGCCCAUCUCAGACUAUCGAAAGAAAAAUACAGAACCCGAUAAGAAAAGUGGGAAAAUCACCUUAUAUCUCAUCAUAUCUGUUGCUUCUGUAUCUUUGCUGUGUUUGGCGACAUUUUUCGUUUUGUUGGUGAAAUGCGCUCGAAGCAGUAGAAGCAGCUCAAGCUGCUGUAUCAGACGCACCGAUUCUGGAUAUAAAAACCCCAACAACCUGCAGAUCCAGCUCAAUACUGACGGGCCCAUUAAGUAUGUGGAGGUUCUGGGAGGAGACGUGAUGUCUCAGAGUCAGUCCUUCGGUUCCUAUCUGUCUCCGAUGUCAGAAUUCAGUGAUUUUACACUCAUUAAACCCAGCAGCACCACAGACUUUACAAACACGUUAAGCGUUCUCGAUGCAUCAUUACCUGACAGCACGUGGAAGUUUGAAAGCCAACAGGCGCACAACCCCCCACCUGCUAGCGGUCAGCUCUCUGAACUGAAGUAUCACUUACACAAUGGGAAACUUGGCCGCGGAACUACUUCGCUAAUGAUGGGAUUGGACCACAUACGGAUGAUGAAAUCACCAAGCGUUGUGAUUUGGAUAGCCGUGGGUAUGUUCUUUGAGGUUAGGGCACUGGAACUUCUUUAUUCUAUAGCUGAAGAGUCUGAACUGGGAACUGUUGUCGGACACAUGUCCAAGGAUUUAAAUAUUGAUGUCCCGGUUAUGAUGCAAAGGGAGCUACAGGUCAUCUCGGAAUCUAAUGUUAAAUAUUUUGACCUGGAUUCGACAAGUGGAGCUUUGGUGAUGAAACAAGUUGUGGAUAGAGAAAGUAUUUGCAGUGCAAGUUCAUCAUGUCACAUUCGGGCUCGAAUUCUACUUCAGAAACCUCUGGAAGUGCAUCAUGUUGCUGUGGAAUUGGUGGAUAUAAAUGACAACUCGCCUGUUUUUCAAACUAAAAAUACUUCAUUGGAAAUUUCGGAAGCUGCUGCUCCAGGAACUACUUUCCGUUUGGAAAGUGCCAGAGACCUUGAUGUGGGGGUCAAUUCAAUGCACUCUUACACACUCAGUCCGAAUGAUUGUUUCAUUGUAAAAGUAGAACUAAAAAGCGAUGGAAGUAAACUUCCCAUACUGGUGUUGAACAAACAGCUUGACAGGGAAAAACAAAACGCAUUCAGGUUAACCCUGACUGCAGUGGAUGGCGGUAAGCCAGAAAGAUCUGGAACUACCCUUCUUUUUGUGAACAUUCUAGACAUCAAUGACAACGCGCCAAAGUUUGAUAAAUCUGUGAAAAGGGUAACACUUUUAGAAAACUCUCUCCUUGACACAUUAGUAACUAUUUUCAAUGCUUCUGAUGCAGAUUAUGGUCUGAAUGGAGAGAUACUCUACUCGUUUGACAAAUAUACCUCCAUUCAUGUUCUAAAACUUUUUAGAAUAGAUCCUAUCACAGGUGAGAUGACAGUAACUGGGAAGGUAGAUUAUGAGCAAACACAAUUAUAUGACAUUACGGUUCAAGCCAGAGACAGAGGAAGUCCUGCCAUGGAGGGUUCUUGUAACAUUAAGUUGGAGAUCACUGACGUUAAUGACAACACUCCAGUCAUCACCAUUAAUUAUUUUACUCAUGAACUUAGUGAAGCUGUAGGUCCAGGCACUGUUUUUGCUAUUUUAAACAUUGAAGAUAAAGAUGUUGGAAAAAAUGGAGAAGUGAAUGUGCAGAUCCCAUCUGGUUUGCCUUUUAGGGUCAUUUCUUCUUACAAAGGCCAGUACAGUGUAAUGACUGAUGGUCUUCUAGACAGGGAGACUGUUUCUGAGUACACCAUUACUGUUAUGGCCAGCGAUUCUGGCUCCCCAACUCGUUCCUCUCAAAAAUCCAUUGUACUUCAUCUUUCAGAUGCAAAUGACAACAUCCCACGCUUUUCACAGCCCUCCUACUCAGUGGAAAUAGCUGAGAACAAUCCUCCAAAUGCUCCAAUUUUAACUGUAUCUGCAUUUGAUCCAGACAUGGGUGAGAACGCAACUUUGUCAUACUUCAUACUGGACAGCAACAUUGGUGGAUCUCCUAUAACCUCAUAUGUGUAUAUACAUCAGGAAAAAGGACAUAUUUAUGCUAUGCGGCAGCUUGAUUAUGAGCAAAUGAACAUGUUACAGUUUGUGGUCCAUGUCCGUGACCAUGGUUCUCCAGGUCUUGGCUCCAAUGUGUCAGUGCAUGUUUUUAUCCUUGAUCAAAAUGACCACUCUCCCAUGCUUUUGUAUCCUCCACUUCUGCCUGAUGAAACUCUACAUUUUUUGGUGCCCACCUCAGCUGGUGCUGACCACCUGGUCAAUCGAAUAUUUUGCAUGGACAAAGACAAUGGAUACAAUGCCUGGUUGUUCUACAGCUUAGCUGGACUCGAUGCAGCACUAUUUCACAUUGGUGCCCACACUGGAGACCUUAGGACAGCUAGAAAGCUAACACUGGAGGAACAGAAGAACAUAUUUAGCUUUGUUGUGUUAGUGCAAGACAAUGGCAUGCCAGCGCUUUCUACCUCCAUAGCAGUGAAUGUCACCCUGGUUGAGAAAAUGACUGACAUUUUCUUAGAGAAAAGGAGUUUACCCUCCAAAGAGACUAACAUCUCAGGAGAUUUGACAUUCUACCUUAUAACAUCUUUAUCCUGUAUCAUAGCUGUGUGUCUCUUAACCAUCAUAGUAGCUGCAGUGCUAUGGCUGAGUAAAUAUGGUCACCUGACAUGCCUCAUGCAUCAAUUAGGCUUUAAGAGUGCACUGCACCAGCAUCAACCCAAGGACUUUCACCUGCAGCUCAACACAGAUGGUCCUAUUAGGUACCUGGAGGUAGUCAGAGGGACUGAGGUACAUAAUACAUACACCUAUGAACCAUGCCUCUCCACAGUUUCUAGCAGAAGUGAUUUUGUGUUUGUAAAAACACCAAAGGGUGCCAUGAGCACCAGCCUUUCCAGGAGAUUGUUUGAUCACUCACUAUUGAAGCAAAAGCCACCGAACAAUGACUGGCGCCUACCACCGAACCAGAGGCCUGGACCCAGUGGAGCUGGAGUUCGUCCUGAAGAUGCUGUUCCAGGUGCAAUAGUGGGAACAGGACCAUGGCCGAACCCGCCCACUGAGGCUGAACAGCUCCAGGCUUUGAUGGCUGCUGCGAAUGCUGCUAAUGAAGCCACAGCAACAUUGGGUCCUCGCUACAAUGCUCAAUAUGUCCCUGACUACCGCCAGAACGUCUACAUCCCGGGCAGCACUGCUACACUAACGGCUAACUCCCAGCAGCAGAUGCCUCAGCAGGCCCUGCCUCCUCCUCAGGCUCCACCCCAGGGCACACCAGCUGUUGAUAUUCCUAAGGCUGCCCCAACUCCAGCCAGCAAGAAGAAGGUCACCAAGAAAGAAGAAAGAAAGAAGUAAGACGGGCUGGUGAAGAGUUGUGGAGCACUACUGCUUAAAUCUGAGUGCUUUUCUUCUGUGCAUGUUACAUUUUUCCUCCUAAAGGAGAAAUAAUAACCAGUAAAUUUUCCUGUACAUGAUGCAAAUGAUUUCCAGCUCUUUUUGGUAGUUUUUGAGCCUAGUCCUACCUGAAAACAUCAGGAAAAACUAUGUAAGAUUAAAUGUGUUUAGAUUCCUAAAUCUUUCACUUAAGGCACUGAAGUCUGUCUGUAACCUUGUAUGAUAUUGUUAGUGGAAAAUAACAGAUCUUUUUGUCAUGUUGAAGUUUUUGUUUUUGAAUACAAAGUAGACACUUCUUGUGGUGACAAGAAUGACAAAGGUGAUGUUUGGUUUCUCAAAAAGGAUGUGCCAUAGCCCCCUUCCUCUUGCAUGAACUACUUUGACCAUACGAAGUAUUAAAAUGAACUAUACAGUGUGGAAAAAAACUAGAACAGAGUAAAAUAAUAAAUUUUCUUUAUAAAAACACCAACAGAUGAAAAGUUGGACUGUUUUGUAGGAAAAAGAGUAAGAUUGGAUUCAAUCUUCUUAAAUUGUGUAUCGCUGCUUAGGCAAUGAUAGGUUGAUCAUAUAUAAUGAUAUAUAAACACCCGCUGAUGUUAUUUUAAUCCAUUUAUAGCUGUAUAUCAAUCCUGUGAACCCACACCAAGUAAAAUAUGCUGUGAUUUUGUUAUGGUUUUCCCAGUUUAAUCUUGGACAAUUUGUUGUCUCCCUGGCUGUUGGUAUUAUAUCACAUUGGGUGGAUAAAUAAAUGACAAAAAAGUGAACUAUCAUGCUUAUGGAGAAGGUGAUUGGGUUGGUCUUUUGUUUGGGGUUGAUAAGAAGCUACUUUUAUCCACUAACCUGAUGGGAGAAUCUAGAAAACCAGGGAUUUAAUCAGACUGGUAGGCUAAUCUCAGUAAGCGUCCAGAUGUGAGAAAUUCUCCAAUAUUGUAUACACACCAAAUGUCCCCCGACAUCCCACCCUAGCCUUUCUUCACCCUGUAAAUAACUGUCUGUACAAAACAGAACCAUCACGAUCAGGCUAACUCACAGGAAUGUUUCACUAUUUUUUAGAAAAAAAAUCUACAUAAAACAAACAAAAAAAAUCAGUGUAUUCCUAUAGAUACAGAAGAUCUCCAGCUAACCAAACUGUACAUACAACCUGCAGUCUGUCUUUGAAAAAAAAGUAAAUAAUAAAAAUUCAUUCGUAGCUUAGGGGCUUGUGACGUGUGUGCAUAUUUUUGUGUUUUUCCCUUCUUUUCUUCUUUUUGACUUUAUUUCUGAACUGUUAUUUCUGAAAGCUAAUAAAAGAAAGAUCUCUAGUGGUUUUAGCUUGCCUUACAUCCCAUGCAAUCCCUUUCUAUUCUUCUGUGCUUGUAAUUACAGUAAGAUAUUAAUGCUAGCGGAAUGGCAUUUCCUGUCUGUUUAACUAUUAAUAAGUAAAUCUAAAUGUUUGUCUGCUGCUUGAAUACUUUUCUGUAUUCAACCGUGAUAACCCUCCUUAACCCGCUUAGUGCUUCAUGUUACACUUUUUCUUUUAUAUGCAGAUAUUUAUAUGGCUGUUAAUUUGUUUAAGUUUUUGUUUAUUAAUGGAACACUUACAUUUCAAAUAAAAGUUUGUCAGAACUCAC